ACCAUCUCCAAAGCUGGUGUUGAUCAUUCUACAACUUUGUCGGGUAGCUUUACCAUUAAUGGAUGCCUUAGACUGUGAGCAGGUACAAUUACCAAACUGGGGACACAGUCUAGUGUCUAGUCAUUGGAGUACGACCAAACCUAUCUCAGAUCCGCCGGCUAAAAUUGUCUCUCUGCUUUUAGCUAGACUUGGUGACUUUUUGGUUCCAGAUAUUAACAAGAUAAAGGACCAGGUGCUGAAGUUGCCAUCAGAAUGGCCGUUGUCCGUCUUUGUGCACAAGCGUGAUGACCAGUUUUCACAUGAAGUCAUACAGCCUUUACUGAGUUCUGACAGCCGACCAUUUAAGCUUGGUCCUGGUUCUAAUGUUGAUAAAGUUGUGAGACUGGACAGGGAAAUGACAAAGAGUAACAAAGCCGAGGUUGUGACAGAGGAUGCCCUAUCUGCUCUUAGGAAGGCUGCGAAAUGGGCUCAGAUGGGGUUGGUUGUAUCGACGGGUGCCCCUGUAGACUCUUCUCCCACAGAAGUGACCUCAGGAGACAAAAAGAAAACAGAUAAAGAAGUUAUAUGUAAAGAUAAAAAUGCUGAGCUUGCAAGGACUGACCCUGUGCGACCUUUUAUUAGUGGUCAUGUAGCCAACAGUAUGGCAGCUGAAGUGAUUGAACUAUUACAUGGACUGUUAAACAGUACUAACCAUCACACAGCCUCGGAGAAAUCCUGGUCAGAUGCUGUUCAACGGGUGUUAACCAAUGCAAUGACUGGUUUACCAGUUUUGUUGAACUCAAUAGACAGUCUAAGUUCUCCUCGAUGUCACAGUCACCAGUUGAUGUCAAUGGCGCGACAAGUUAAUGCAGCUCUGUGUGCAUUAGGUGGUUUCCAAGAAAUGAUAAAGCCAGGCUGCAAAGUAGAGGUAACUGGUGAGGUGGAGAACUCCACGGGAAUAGUGGUCAGUAUGUCCCAGCAGACUGGAAUGGUCUCUAUUGAGUUAGAUCCAGACCCUGAGGGUACAUAUUCCCCGAGGUACUCUGACACUGUCCAGGUGCCAUUUAGUAGAGUACAGCCAUGUAGAAAUAGAAUGUUCAGUAGUAGACAACUGUCAAUGACUGAUGCCAUAGUAACAGCCAUGCAAGCCAUCUUGUUACCACAUGAUGACAACAUCUCAUCUUUGCAACAAGUCCUCCCAUUGGCUGAUGAUGGAAAUAGCAUGUCCAAUCAGAUCUGUCGUGUUGUAGCUGAGUUGGAAACCAGAGCUUGUACUGUGCUAGCACUGUAUUUACAAGAUAUAGAUUUCACCAAGGAGUUUAUACAGCACUGUGGGUCCACCAUUGAUAUGCUCAAAACACUAGCCAAAGACUGCAGUACUGGUGUUAGAAAACCAGUGCUAGAAUCCCACUGUGAGAGAUUGAGGACACUGUACAGAGAUUGUGCCAAACCUCCACCUCCUCCAAGUAAAGUUGAUAACAGGAACAAGGAAAUGACCUGGGACACCAGCCGUAACUUUCCACCGGUGAGAGCGUGUUUGUUCUCUCAUAAUCUUACAGGAGUUACCUUCCUUGGUGACCCGAGUGCCGGCAGUGGAUUGCCUAGGGGAACUUUGGUCUAUGCUAAUAUACCUAUACCUUUACAGGCACCAUCAUUUUACUGGGAGCUGGAAAUAUGUUCAUUUGGAGACAGUCAGGAUGAGAGUUCUGCGUACGUCUCAUUUGGUUUUGCCCCACCUGCUGAGAAGAAGGAUGGAGCCUGGACAAAUCCCAUAGGAACCUGUCUCUUUCUGAAUAAUGGUAAGGCAGUCCAUUACAAUGGAGCCAGUUUACUACAGUGGCGCAGUGUUAGACUGGACUGCUUGGUCGGUGUGGGGGAUAUAGCUGGUAUUGGCUGGGAGAGAACCAGCGACUCUCCAGUACAAGGCGAAACUCCUAAAGGCAAGGUGUACUUCACCUUUAAUGGGAGGAAACUUCAGCCAUGGAUAGAAGAUGUGGCAGGUGCCAUGUAUCCUGUGGUUCAUAUACAGAAAAAGUCAACAAGAGUGAAGGCCAAUUUUGGUGCAAGGCCGUAUGCAUUUGCCGAAGGUCAACAACACCGAGAGGCGGCUGACGAAGCUGAUGAUCUGACACGAGAAAUAAGAGAAAGUUUCGGUCAUUUACCAUUCCACUCUACGUCGGACAGUGACAGUGAUGGUGCAGUUUCGGCCCCUUCUACACCCAGUAACCUUAGCGAGAUUAAUGAACUUAAUCUAACUGCUGGACCAUCGUGUAAAACUGUACCAAUUCCAAAGCCUCUUAAAGAAUACAACCCAGAUAACUGUCGCUUCUACAAGUUGUUCCACUCCUAUGAUAGUAUGAUAACAACUGGGCCAGACCCAAAGGCUCAACUCCCGGCCCAGGACACACUCUCAGACGAAGAGUCCAAUGAGGAUGAAUCUAACAACGAGGACCAUCAUGCAUUGUUAGUGAAGGCGUGGGAACAGAAAGUUUUCCCAGUGAUCCGAAGGAGGUUUAGGAAUGAGGCUGAGAGGAAAGAUGGUUUAGAACAGAUAAAGGGGGCAUUGCAAAUAGGUAUGACGUUCAUUGCUCGACAGACGGUUGAAUUCUUGUAUGAAGAAAAUGGUGGCAUGCCACGUGACCUUCACCUUCCAACAAUUGAUGACAUAAAGGAAGAUCUUGCCAAAUUUACGAUCGACCGUGUCAGAAAGGGUACCACUGUUGUGAUCAGGGGCUCCACGGGUAGCAGUGCUAGCGGAGCCACAGUGCUACCAAAGUUUGCUGUUCGAUCCAUGUUAAAAACAUUCGGACUCACUGGAACUGUACUUGAUGUAGAAAAUUCUAACGAGCUAGUCCAGGUUGAGACUUACCUGAGAAGUGAAGGUGUGUUAGUCAGAUACUGGUACCCAUUGAACAUGCUUGAACGACCACCACAGGGUAUGAGAAAAUCUACAAUAACCGGCGGCCAGAUACUUGACACCAGCAACGUCAAUAUACAUAAGGAGUUAAUUAGAUCAGAAAGAACUGUGGCGAGAAUGUACUGUCGCACUGCGUUGUUGAAGCUGAUAGAUCAUUGCAACUCUUCAGCUAUGGAGGUGAUUUCCUGCUCUCCUAGUCUGGCCUCGGGUAUGGCUGCAAGCGCGGCCCUGUUACAGGAACUGGAUAUUGAAAACAUUCAGCUGCUGUCUAAUGAGUUGUUAAAGGCGCCUCAACCUCAUGGUACUAUUAAGGCGAAAUCGUUGGUGUUGUCAGACUCGUCCAAACACUGCCUGGCUGCCCAUAGUUGUUCGCUAUCAGAUCUGAUGUAUGAGAAUGUUGACAGAUUGAAGAAAGAGCUGGCCAUAGCCAUUGCAAGAGCCGCUGGUCAAGGAGAAGAUUAUCUGUUUGAAUUGACGAACCAGAUCUGUACAUGUCUGCAGACUGCACCAGAGAUGUUUCCAUAUGAAGAGUUUCCAGUGACAGAGAGUAAGGUGCAGACAGAUAUAUAUUUCCCGGGCGCAGCUUGUCUCAUUAUCUCCUGUAAAACUGACCCGAAAGCAACAAAAAAAGAAACAUCCUUGUACAAGUCUCCAUGGGCUCGGAUCUAUUGCUACACUGGCCAGAGAAUUAAGAAAUCUGGUCAAGUAUCCAAACAGGAAGUGGUCAGCUACCCACGGGACACGUCCUCAACCAGCAACCAUGCUGAACAGUACACUCCGGCAAUAAUUCCCUGCGACUGUAUUCACAUCAAAGUGGGCGUGUCUCCACCCCCAGGGAUAACCAUCACCAUUCACGCUUUACCACCUCAGUUCUUACUAUCACUUACUUAUAUAGAGACAUUAAUUACAGAAACUCAUGGAUGUGGCACGAAAAGCUGCACCCCGCCAAAGCAAGAUGAACCCAAUCCAUGGGAUUUACCGUCUUUCUCACAAAGUCCCUCUAAAGCGGAAUCAAAAUCCAUUGGAAAAGAUCCAAACGGAAGUUUAUGGAAUUUGGACAAUAUUGUUAUUACACCACCGGUGUUCAGUCAUGUGAUUGAACAGAUAUGUCUCUACCUGUGGAGAACCGACGUUCCAGCUGUAGUCAAGGAAUACAUUUUCCACCAGCUAGCACAGUCUAUAAGAAUUUAUCACUAUAGCGAGGGAGGGAAUGGUACCCGGCUACCUUCUCCGCAGCCUCAUUUGAAUGUGAACACGGGACUCAUGGUGUUGUUACAGUCUGAGUUAAAGAUUUUGUAUGAGACAGAAACAAAAGGAUGGGAAACGAAGACAACACCUAGUGGCACAGGAAUUGGUAUAGGGGUAACAGACCAGGGUAAAUUCUCCACAUAUCUCCAUGCUCUACUAGAAUUAAAUCUAGCAGUGGCAGAGUUAAACAAACCCACUGGUAGAUCAAAGGGUGGUGACAUUGGUUUGAGCCUAGAGAUGGUUCCACGCCCACCAACCAGUCCAACACAUACUUCAAGAAGAAAGAAACUGAAAACAAAGCGCGACAGAAGAGAUAGUGCACAGAAGAGAGAUGAUGCUCGUAGAACAAGUGAAAGCGAUGCUGUGGAACCAGGUCAGCCAUCUUCAGCCUCAUCUUCUAGUUUGCUGUCAUUAGUGUCAUCAGCAAGUGAUCCAAGUGUGGCCGCAUCAACUUCAGGAGCUUCAAGUUCAUCAGCAGCAACUCAAGAUAAAGAAGGUAAAGAGAAGGAGAAAGAUGUAAAGGAAUCGAAGACAACUACUAAACUAGCCAAACCAGAAGACGAGUUAUGGUUGCAUAGGGCUUUAAUUGUAUCACACAUCUUACGAUGCUUAGCUUUUAAUGAGAAAAAUGGUAUGAUAGCUUUAGUAAAUGCAAUUGCUGAUGCACAUCAGGUUUUGAACACUGUAACAGCACACCAGAGAUUAGUAAUAGUAACUGGUAUUCCAACGAAUCUUGAACCUGACUUUGUAAAGCAUGCUUUAAGAUCAAUAUUUAAAUCACACGGAGGAGUAGAUAGAGAUGAAAUAUUUUUACCAUAUCAGACUGUAGAAACGGUUCAGGUUAAAGAAGUUGUGGUAAAAGAUGAUGCAAGUGGUGAGACUGAAACUAAACAAGUGAAAGAUACAGGUGAACAAAGUGAAGGAGAAGUAGCAAAAGAAAGAGAGGAGUCUGAAAAUGUUCAGGAUGGUGCUAAAAAGGAAGAUGUGCAAGAUAGUAACCAAACAGAGCUCAAGAAAGAGAUCAAAAGAGAAAAGAAAUUAAAUGGAUAUGCUGUUGUAUCAGUAAUGUCAAAAACCAAAGUUGAAAAUAUUAAAAAGAGCCUGAGUAAAAGUAAUGCAUUGUUCGAAGGGGCAUCUCUAGAGCAUGACGACCCCAUUGAAGUUCCAACCAUUACAACAGUGGCACCAAACUUGAUAGCUGAGGAGCAGUCAAAUGAACCUUUGGAAAAAUAUUUACAGUUUAAAUUUUUCCAGGAUAAAAACCAGUCAGAGAUUUGUGACAAUGCUACUGUGGCUUUGACUGAGAUUUUUACAAGUUGUUUCAUAGUUGAACAAAAGCAUGGAUCACCAGAGUUCAGACAGGAAUCAGGAUACAUCUGUCUUAGUAAGGAGCAGAUCUUACAACACACACCAGAGAAUUUGUUGUGUGCAUUCUUCAGUAACAUAAGACCGCCAAAGAAAUCCUUACCUGAGCAGGUGUUACAGGUUCUGAGAAGAUAUGGGAUGGUCUUCACACCAGACAAAGAAGGAUCUCCAGGAACUGAGCGUCAAGGUAGAGGUAAAGGUAGAAAACCACAGAAAAGUGCCAAAGAAAAAAUGAUGGCAACUACAGAAAAGCCAAGUGUAAAGGAGAAGAGAUCAAAGGAUAGAGCAGGUGGUGAGAAAUCAGAAAAAGAAGAAACACCUGACCCUGACAAACCUGUCAAGUCAUCUGGUGUAGAAAAAGAAGAGCGACACUGUCUGACGUUAGAUGGUUUCCUACAGUAUGUAGCCGACCAGGUGAUGCAAGAUGUGAGAGGCGUCUGGCGGGCAAUACUUGCCUGUGGUUUUGAUAUACACUUUGAAAGAUCUGCAUGUCUUGACAACAGUCAAGCUCAGCAAAUGGCCAGACAGUGGACGUUAGACAUGGACGCAGCUCUGACACAGUUUGUAAACUCAUUCUGUCGUAAGUUAGCAGUCACACCAGCCAGGAUACAUCCUCAUGAGAUUAGAAUUUCUGCGGUAGAACUUUCAAGUGAAAAAUAUUCUUGUCUGCAAGGAGUUCCUGUUGAGAGUUUAAGGCUGAGAUUUGCUUUCCUGCAAUCUCUGAACAACACCCUAGAAACAUUUUUCCUGCCAUUGAUUGACCUGCGACCUUGGCAGACUUACAACAGGAGUACAUCAGCACUGCUAUCUAGAAUAAGAGGACUACUUUUCUAUGACACUAAGUGCGCUUUGAUGAAUAGAAUCUUGAAUGCAACAGCGAAGAGAAAACCGGACCAGGCUGCGCCGGAAAUUACUCUUGAUCCACUUGAAGAUAUUGGAGAGGAACAGGAGAGUUCUAUAAACACAACAUAUUGUCAAGCGUAUAGGCAGUUGUCUCAGAUUCCAUCUAGUCAGUUAUGUGUUCGUCUUGCCUGUGGCGGUGAUCCUACGUACUCCUUCAACGUUAAGUUUAGUGGUGAGGAAGUGCAUGGAACUAGUGGAUCCUUCAGGCAUUUUUUGUGGAAAAUUGCACGGGAGAUUCAAGACCCAAUUUUGAACAUACUGGUUCCAUGCACUGGUGCUAACUAUAGAGGAAGAUGUUUAAUGAAGCCUGGUUCAAUGACAAUAUCAGAGGAGAAACUAAUUAUAUUUCUUGGACAGUUACUUGGAAUCACUAUUCGGGCAGAUAUUCCUAUAGGAUUAGACUUGAUGUCCUCGUUUUGGAAAUCUCUGGUUGGUGUACCUUUAGAUACUGUCGUGGAUUUAAAAGAUGCAGAUCAAAUAACCUAUAGCUACUUGAAGAAAAUUGAAAUGGUUGAGAGCGAAGGGGAGUUGCUUGCCCUUUGUGCAGAUGUUUACCCAAGAUUUGUCUACCCUAGUUUGUCAGGAGAAGAAGUUGAGCUUGUUCCACAUGGAAGACACAUUGUAGUGAGCUGGGAGAAUAGACAACAGUAUAUCAAUGCCAUACGAGAACUACGGAAACGAGAACUGUUGAACAGACAGAGGAUACAAGCAUUAAGGUCAGGACUGGCAACAAUUAUACCACUGCAGCUACUCCUGAUAAUGUCACCUUUAGAUAUGGAAAUGAGGACAUGUGGACUUCCAUAUGUAAACAUUGAAUUUUUGAAGGCCCAUACAAUGUACCAAGUUGGACUAAUGGAGACAGACAGACACAUACAGUAUUUCUGGAACACCCUGGAGAACUUGAGCCAAGAAGAUCUGUCUUGUUUCAUCAAAUUUGCAUGUAAUCAGGAAAGAAUUCCACAAACCUGCCCUUGUAAAGAUGGAGGGGCAGACACUGCCCAUGUACCACCAUAUCCGAUGAAAAUAGCACCCCCAGAUGGUCAAGGCACACCAGAUCAAAGAUAUAUCCGAGUAGAGACGUGCAUGUUUAUGAUUAAACUGCCACAGUAUUCAAGUGAAGAGAUUAUGACGCAGAGACUUAUGUAUGCCAUACAUUGCCGAGAAGAUCCUUUGAGUGGAUAGUGAGGACGGAGGGCACUUAGUUCCGAAGUUAUAUUUAGAUUAUUACAUUUGUUGCCAUAGUGAUACUCCCAAAGUUAACCCUUAAUGUUCUAAGUUUGAGUAAUUGACUUGUCUGGAAUUCACUAAGAACAUUUAUAAAAGUGGAACAAACAAUCAACACAGGAUAAGUUUUAAGGUUUUAUCUAAUGAUGAUAACCAACGUUUUCACUCUCAGAGUUGUCAUCAGCGUUAUAAAAUAUCACAUGGAAUUUGGUAAAAUCUGGGACAUAAUAUAACUGAACAGAUAUUGAAUAUUUAUAAUUAUGAACAUUUUAUUAUAGUGUUAAUUUAUUUAUAUAAAUCAUGCUAGAUUACUUUUAGUGAAGUUU